GGAAAGGGAGGCAAGGGUCUCGGCAAGGGAGGCGCCAAGCGUCACCGUAAGAUCUUGCGUGACAACAUCCAGGGUAUCACUAAGCCCGCCAUCCGCCGUCUCGCUCGCCGUGGUGGUGUCAAGCGUAUUUCUGCCAUGAUCUACGAGGAGACCCGCGGUGUGCUCAAGUCCUUCCUCGAGUCCGUCAUCCGUGACGCCGUCACCUACACCGAACACGCCAAGCGCAAGACCGUCACCUCCCUCGACGUCGUCUACGCCCUCAAGCGCCAGGGCCGCACCCUGUACGGUUUCGGUGGUUAA